CCCUAAUAUUAAGAAAUGAGCUCUCGGAACCGCCAUGAGAGCUCCUCCAUUAAACCCUAAUCCUUCGAAACCCCCGCGAAUCCAAAAACCCUAGUUUUGCCCUUCCCGCCAUUUCCCGGACCUUAUUACCUACCUAUUGCCAUGGCUUCUUCCCCGCGCUUUUCUACGCGCCAUUACCGUUAAAGAGUUAAAAACCUCACCUUUUUCGCCUCCAACAACCCAUGUUGCUCCCCCUCCUCGCGGCGCCGCUGCCGCCGCCUCCUCCUGCGGCGGCGGCGCCGUACUACCACGGGAGGGGAGGGUCGUACGGGGCGGCGAUCGCGGCGGUGGCGGUGGUGGCGGUGCUCGGCCUGGCGGCGGGGAUCGUGGGGAGGCUCUGCACCGGGAGGACGAUUUGGGGCCUAGGGUUUCGGCGGUUCGACUUGGAGGCGUGGGUGGAGCGUAGGUGCUCCCCGUGCGUCGACGGGAGGCCACCGCCGCCGCCGCCGCCUCCCGCUGCGGCGCCGCCGCCGGAGUCGUGACAGAGCUUUUCUCUUUCUCUCUCU